AUGACAAAAAAGGCUGCCAUCUACAAGCACGCCGACGCAGAUGGUCAAUUCCGCCGGAGAGACUCCCAAUUUCGGGAUUGGAUUUCAAGAGAUCCUUCGGCGCGAUUUCCGGCAGAAAAAGAUCGCUAUGCACUAUAUCUCAAUCUUGGAUGCCCUUGGGCACACAGGGCUAAUUUAGUCCGUUCACUAACGGGGCUGGAGCCAUUCAUCCAGCUCAUCCUUUGCAAUUCUGUUUUGAAUGAAGAUGGUUGGCUAUUCGAUGGACAACAUGGGUCACCUACAGAAGAUCCUCUCUACGGGUUCAUUGCCUUGAAACAAUUGUACCUCAAGGCCGACCCUGACGAGAUCAUCCGCAUGUUUUAUACUGCGUUCGAUGAUCAGCUCCCAGAAAACAUGCGGGAGGAAAAUCGUCCUGGGGGUGGGUUUUACCCUGAACAUUUGAGAAAGGACAUCGACGCAAUGAACGAAUGGGUCUACCAUACCGUGAACGACGGAGUAUACAAGACCGGUCUCGCCACGACACAAGAAGCAUACGAGUCAAAUCUCAUCCACUUAUUUGAGUCCCUGGAUCGGCUUGAAGAGCACCUUGGCGAAAAUAUCACAGAACGACCGAAUUUGGAAUACGUGGCGGAUACUGUUGCUGACCUGUUACGAAACACCUCGUCUGAAGCACAGCAUCCUCUCAAUGUUGCAUUUCUCGCAGAGCUCUUUCAGAAAUCAGCGAAUGCUGAACUCUUCCUUUGCAAUUCUUCAUUGUACGAGAGAGCAAAGAAAGAAGGUAGGAGCCCUUCUGCGACGAAAGCCGAGCAACAACUGAGCGCAAAACUCCACUGCCUAUAUGGAGUGCCGAUCCUGUACCCAAAACGGACAAUAUGCAAGCCUGUCUAUCCCUAUGCAACGUCCAAGGUCUAUGACCUCCGUCAGUAUACCGAGAAGACCUUCUGGGGCCCUUUCAUAGACGACGGAUCACAGGACGUCGAUUGGGAGAAAGUUGAAGCUAUUAUGGUGGUCCUUGGUCAUAACCUGCAGAUAUUUUCCGACAGAACUAAUGGCGCGUUCAAGCCUAUCUGGAUUGACCCAUUCUUCGGAGCCACUCCUGACAGUUACACGUCACCAUCCUCACCUGUGCCGGAAGAACCUCCGCUGUCCUUGGAUUUCAUUGACCCAUAUAAUAUUACAGGUACUUGGAGGAGAGUCGUUUGUUUUCUUGACUAUACCGAACUCUUUUCAUACAACUUUUCCUCCGCACCACCUCCAUCCGAUGAGCCUCGAGAACCACUAGAUACGGGCGAGGCAAUUCGGCUUAUUAUCAUGAACCUCAAAGCAACCAAACUUGAGCAGCCCGGUCCAACAGAUGGUCAAACAUUACCAAUUGUUCAUUUUACCGGCACUUCACGAUCGAUGCAUGCCAGCUGGGACCCCAACUCGAAUUCCACUAUACGUGGCACAGUCAGAUUGACGCCAGAGGGGGAAAUACGAUGGACAACAUUUUCAGUCUACCACGGGUAUGAUCAUCCAAAAGACAUCAUCGAAUGGAAAGAGACUGUUUUAACAAGAAACAGUGAAGAACGAUGGCGAAGCGAAGGCAUACAAAUAGGUGGUCGCAAUUCCGCUCGAGGUGUAUUUGGAAACUGGUUCGAUAAAGAUUUUGAUCCACAGGGACCAGCGGGUCCUACUGCGCUCUGGAAGACCAGUGACAGAUGUACCGCGACCUCAUAG